AACCGCAUCCCAGGAGGGACCCACGCCCCCACCCCAAAGCACUCUGUGCCUCGGCAGGGCCACGCAGCCCCUUGUCCCUUCCGCACGGUCAUCGUGGCAAUGUCACCCGGGAGUGCGGGAGUGUCACCGCUGCUGGGCUGGAUGGAGCGGCUGAUGAGAGACCUGAGUCCCUUGUGGCUGGCGGAGCAUCUCAUGGGCGGCGGAACUUUGUUUCACCAGCGAUGGAACACUCAGGAUUAACGGAGGGCUGCCUCGCACGUGACGAAGCAUCUCACGGGGGACGGAAUCCCGAGUGAGGGAGUGAGUGAUGAAACAUCCCAAGAGUGAUGGAGCUUCUCUGGAGCACAGCCGCGCCACUCCCGCAGCCGCGGGCAUCCCCCGCUCCCCCCGGCCGCUCUCCCCGGGGUGCGGCGAGGACCGACCGCAUCCUCUGCCCUACCCGCAUCCUCCUCCCUUCCCGACCCUCUGCAUCCUCCUCCCGACCCGCAUCCUCCUCCCUGCCCGUCCCGUCCCGUCCCUUCGGGAGGAGCCGCUGACGCCAUCGCGGCGCGCCGGGCGCGGCCAUGGCGGCGGAGGCGGCGGUGGUGCGGGUGGCGGUGCGGGUGCGGCCGCUGCUGCCCCGGGAGGCGCUGCGGGGACACCGGCCGUGCCUGCGGAGCGAUGCCGCCACCGGCGAGGUGGAGCUGGGCCGCCGGCGGUUCCGCUUCGCCGCCGUGCUGCCCGAGGCGGCGGGGCAGGCGGCCGUGUACCGGGCCUGCGUCCAGCCGCUGCUGCGCGCCUUCUUCCGCGGCUUCAACGCCACCGUGUUCGCCUACGGACAGACGGGCUCCGGCAAGACCUACACCAUCGGGGAGGCCAGCGUCGCUUCCAUCAAUGAGGAUGAGCAGGGCAUCAUCCCACGAGCCAUGGCUGAGACCUUCAGGCUCAUCGAUGAGAAUGACCUGAUCGACUACACGGUCCGAGUGUCCUACCUGGAGGUGUACAAGGAGGAGUUUCGGGACCUGCUGCAGGUGGAUACAGCUAGCAAAGACAUCCAGAUCCGGGAGGAUGACAAGGGGAACGUUGUGCUCUGCGGGGUGAAGGAGUCGGAAGUGGAAGGGCUGGACGAGGUGCUGAGCCUGCUGGAGAUGGGGAACACGGCCAAGCACACGGGAGCCACGCACAUCAACAGGCAGUCGAGCCGCUCGCACACCAUCUUCACGGUGACCAUGGAGCAGCGGCGCGGCGCCGGCCGCCUGCCCCUGCACCGCCAGCCACCCGCCCUGCCCGCCGCCGGACAGGUCCUGGUCUCCAAGUUCCACUUCGUGGACCUGGCGGGCUCAGAGCGGAUUGUGAAGACGGGAAACACAGGGGAGAGGCUGAAGGAGAGCAUCCAGAUCAACUGUGGCCUCCUGGCCUUGGGCAACGUCAUCAGUGCCUUGGGAGAUCCUCGGAGAAAGACCACCCACAUCCCGUACAGGGACUCCAAAAUCACUAGGAUCCUGAAAGAUUCCCUGGGGGGGAACGCCCAGACCGUGAUGAUAGCCUGCGUCAGCCCCUCAUCCUCCGACUUCGAUGAGAGCCUCAACACACUGAACUACGCCAGCCGCGCUCAGAACAUCCAGAACAGGGCGGUGGUGAACUGCCGCAGGGAGACGGAGCACAUUGAGGAGCUGCACCUGCAGAUCAAGAGCCUGCAGAAGGCGCUGGAGCCCCAUUACCGCACGUGCACCGACGCCGCGCACCGCCUGCUCUCCGAGCUGCAGGAGGACAGCAGCCUCAGCCUGGAGCAGCUCCUGCGCAUCAAGGAGUGGCUGUGCACCGUGGAGAGCCAGAGGAGCGAGCUCACCUCGGCCGGGCUGGACAGCGGCAUUGAGAGCACCUCCAUGGAGGAGCAGGGACAGGAGGCACAGGGGUCAAAAGUGGCAAAAGGACAGGUGAGCCCUGAGAAGAAGUGCGAAUCCAUCAAAGAUGAGCAGGUGGCAAAGCUGCAGAGGCAAGUGGAACGCCUGGAGGAGGAGAACCGUGAUUUCCUGGCUGCCCUGGAGGAUGCUAUGGAACAGUAUAAGCUGCAGAGUGACAAACUGCAGGAGCAGCAGGAUAAGAUCUCAGAGCUGCACGUGCGCUUGGAGAUGGCAAUGCCAAACCUGUGUGUGCCAGGACUGCUGGAAAAUCUUCACCUGGUCACUGCCAGCCAGAGACCUCACACAGCCCCACUGGAUGCUGCCCCAUCCCAUGGCUUUGGUGGGGUUCCCUCAGGGCUGCUUCCUGAGCAGAGUGGAAGAGCUCUUUGCAAGAAGAAGCUCAGCAGCAGCUCCUGCUUGCAGAAAGAGGAACUGGCAGGCUGGCACCUGAACCACACACAGCACCCAGCUGGUGAUCCUGAGGUCAGAGAGGUGGUGCUGAGGAGGGAGCUCAGCCAGGACUCAGAGAAGCCAUCAGAGCUGUCCUCAGGAGAGAUGGAGGAAUGGGAACAGAAACGGUCCCUGUCCCAGUGCCGAAAUGGGAUCCAAAAUUUGAGCAAGAAAGAGAUUUUCAAGUUGGGCGAGGAGCCAAGUGGAGGCAAUGCCCACUCAAUUCAGGAGGAGCAGCUGGAGCUGUCAAAAGAGGUCUGUGGGAAGCGGGAGUCCCUGCUGGGCUGCCGGGAGCGCCUGCCAGGGAAGGGCUCUGAGUGGAGGCUGGUGCAGGCACAGCAGAAGAUCCGAGAGCUGGCAAUCAACAUCCGCAUGAAGGAGGAGCUGAUCACGGAGCUCAUUAAGACAGGCAAGGAUGCCCAGGCUCUGAACAAGCAGUACAGCCAGAAGAUCAGUGAGCUGGAGCAGGAAGCAGAGCAGGUGCGGGCAGAGCUGAGCGACAGCCAGAAGCAGCUCCAGGAGCUGGAGGCCAAAGAGCCCUGGGACCCCGGGGAGAAGUGCAAGCUGCAGGAGUACCGCACACGCCUGGCGGCCGUGCGGAGCAAGGCACAGGUUCUGUGCAAGAAGAAGCAGGCGACGGAGAGGCUGGUGUCGCUGUCGGCGCAGAGUGAGAAGCGCGUGCAGGAGCUGGAGAGGAACAUCCAGCUGAUGCGGCGGCAGCAGGGGCAGCUGCAGCGGCGGCUGCGCGAGGAGAGCGAGCAGAAACGGCGCCUGGAGACGGAGGUGAACAAGGGACAGCACCGAGUCAAGGAACUGGAGCUGAAGCACGAGCAGCACCAGAAAAUCCUGCGCAUCAAAACAGAGGAAAUCGCAGCUUUCCAGAGGAAGCGGCGGAGUGGCAGCAACGGUUCUGUGAUCAGCCUGGAGCAGCAGCAGAAAAUUGAGGAACAGAAGAAGUGGCUGGACAUGGAGAUGGAUAAAGUUCUCGAGCAGCGCCAGGCCCUGGAUGAGCUGGAAGAUGAGCUGAGGAAACGGGAAGCUAUUGUGGCCAAAAAGGAAGCCCUGCUGCAGGAGAAGAAUGGCCUGGAGAGCAAAAGGCUGCGCUCCAGCCAGGCCCUGACAGAUGACAUAGUGCGCGUGUCCAGCCGCCUGGAGCACCUGGAGAAGGAGCUGAGCGAGAAGAGCGGGCAGCUGCGCCACGGCAGCGCCCAGGACCAGCAGCAGAUCCGCCAGGAGAUCAACAGCCUGCGCCAGGAGAAGGACCAGCUGCUCAAACAGAGGCUGGAGCUGGACAACAAGCUGCGCCAGGGCACGCUGCUGUCCCCAGAGGAAGAACGGAUCUUGUUCCAGCUGGAUGAGGCAAUCGAGGCUCUGGAUGCAGCCAUUGAGUACAAGAAUGAGUCCAUCACAUGCAGGCAGCGAGUCCUGCGGGCCUCAGCCAGCCUGCUGUCACAGUGUGAGAUGAACCUCAUGGCCAAGCUCAGCUACCUCUCCUCCUCUGAGACACGAGCUCUGCUCUGCAAGUACUUUGACAAGGUGGUGACACUGCGAGAGGACCAGCACAGGCAGCACAUUGCCUUCUCAGAGCUGGAGAUGCAGCUGGAGGAGCAGCAGCAGCUGGUGUACUGGCUGGAGGCGGCCGUCGAGCGGCAGCGGCUGGAGAUGGACCGCCAGCUCACCCUGCAGCAGAAGGAGCAUGAGCAGAACAUGCAGCUACUGCUGCAGCAGAGCCGUGAGCACAUGGACGAGGGGCUGGCCAGCAGCAAGCUGCAGUAUGAGGCGAGGAUUCAGGUGCUGGAAAAGGAGCUGAGCCGGUACAUGUGGGCAAACCAGGAGCUGAACCAGAGACUGAGUAACAUGAACCUCCAUGCUGGACAGACCAAAGCAGGGAUGGAGAGAAGCAUUCAUGGGGCUGGGGACAGAGCUGCCCCUGAGCUUGGCACCUGUGAGGAAUUCAGCCUCAGGGAGCAGCCCUUGCCUCCAGCUGCUGCUGAAGAGAGCCCUCGGGCCAGAGAUGAGAGCAGGGACCUGGUGCACGCCCCUUUGCCCUCGACGUGGAGGCGAUCCUCGCUGACCAGCGACAGCCCUGGCGAGCCCCGGCAGAGGGACCCAGAGCACUCGCUGCUAAGAGCAGGGCAGCCCCACGAGCUACUGCCCCCGCGGAGCCUGGCUGCUGCUGCUGCUCCCAAAGCCCGCCGGGAGCUGCGCAGAGCUAGCCUCAACGUGAGCCCAGUGCCUCACCACCCAGCCAUGAUAGACGUGAGGAAAAACCCACUCUAGAGCCAGCCUCAAUGUGAGCUCAGUUGCCUCAUCACCCAGCCAUGAUAGAUGUGAGGAAAAACCCACUUUAGAGCCAGCCUCAAUGUCAGCCCAGUGAGGAAAACUCCACUCUAGAACCAGGCUUAACAUCAGCCCAGUGCCUCAUCACCCAGCCAUGAUAGACAUGAGGAAAAACCCACUCUAGAGCCAGGCUUAACGUGAGCCCAGUGAGGAAAAACCUGCUCUAGAGCCAGCCUCGACAUCAGCCCAAUGCCUCAUCACCCAGCCAUGACAGAUGUGAGGAAAAACCCACUCUAGAGAUAGCCUCAACGUCAGCCCAGUGCCUCAUCACCCAGCCACAAUACACGUGAAGAAAAACCCGCUCUAGAGCCAGGCUUAACAUCAGCCCAGUGCCUUAUGACCCAGCCAUGAUGUGAGGAAAACCUACUCUAGAACCAGGCUUAACAUGAGCCCAGUGAGGAAAAACCUACUCUAGAGCCACCUCAAUGUCAGCCCAGUGCCUUAUCACCCAGCCAUGAUAGAUGUGAGGAAAAACUCACUCCAGAGCCAGGCUGAAGGCUCACCUGGCACAGGGAGCAGUGGGUAUUGCUGAGCUGAGCUUGAGAGCUUUCCUGCCCCACAAGGCAGCCUGGCUGCAACCCUGUUACAUUUCAGAGGCCUGAGGAAGAGAAAGAUGUGAUUUGUUGUCAUGAGUGUGUAAGGUGUGGGAGCACCAGCCUGCAUUCCCCGUGUUGCUGCCAGUCAAGGCUGCACUCACUGACAGGAAGCUUUUCCUCUGCUCCCUCAGCAGCUUGAACACUGUGAAGCAGAAGACACUUUGCUUCCAGGCCUCUUAACACUACAAACUUGUUUACAAUGUGGAAUUCUCAGCUGAAGAGCUUGCUCAGCCUGGCAGCCUCAGAGCGAGAUGCUCUGCAGCCCUGCAGAAUUUGUACAUAGGUUUUUGUAGUAACUUUGUUUUUUUUACAUUUUUACUAUAACUUUUCUAAUAAAGCAGAGUGAGUUUUAUGAAA